AUGGAGUCAUUGGCUCAGAUCAUUGAGGCUGGUAAAAGAGUUAUAGAUGAUCCUACACAUCUUGCUGAUUUUGGAGCUGCACUGACCAGUGGAGAAUCACAUCAAAUUCAAGCAGUUCUUGAAUGUCCAGACAUUCCUGAGCGAUUGAUAUUAGCACUUGAACUACCCAAGAAAGAACUAGCCAUAGUAACUCUACAAAAGAAACUUGGAAAAGAAGUUGAAGAGAAGUUUGCAAAAAUGCAGAGAAAGUAUAAUUUUAUUACAAGGGGAACUGAAAAUAAUAAAGAGAGAACUAGGAAUAUAAGUAAUGGAGUAUGAGAGAGAGAG